AUGUGCCAGAUGGUUGAUGGUUGGCCACGGUGCGUCCAAACCAAGAUUUCCCUCCGGCCUCCUUCUUGCCAUGAUGUCCACUGUCCCCAAGGGACCACAUGUAACAUGAUCAACAGCCAACCCCGGUGUGUCCACAACCCGCCAUCCUGCAGUGACAUCCAGUGCCAGAAGGGAACCACGUGCCAGAUGCUUGACGGUUCGCCACGCUAUACCCUCUUCAGCUCUGUCUCCUGGGGCCACCCCGCUCCCGUCCCCCCGUUUUCCCCUGAGAUCUCAUCACCUCCCUUGACCUGCAUCGGCAUCCACUGUGUCACCAUCCCCGGGUCCUGCCAGCACAUUGCCUGCAAACCCGGCACCGCCUGCGUGGUGGUGCACGGCCAUCCUGCCUGCGUCUCCAGACCCUCCUGCAAGAACCUCCACUGCAAGGCGGGAAUGGGCUGCAAGGUCCUCAACGGGUGGCCCCGCUGCAUCCGCGUCCCCUCGUGCGCUGACCUGCGGUGCCCGAGUGAGAUGACGUGCCGGGUGGUGCAAGGGUGGCCCAAGUGCGUGCAGAUGACCAGGAGCGCCCCCGUGACCUCUUGCGCCAACCUCUCCUGCAAGUCCGGGACCGCGUGCCGCGUGGUGGAGGGCGUCCCCCGCUGCGUCCCCCCCAAGCCUACCUGUGCCACAGUGCACUGCUUGGAGGGCACCACGUGCCACGUGGUGGAGGGUUGGCCCAAGUGCAUGCCCAACCAACCCACCUGCAGCACUGUCCGCUGCCCCGCGGGCACCACCUGCCAGACGGUGGGAGGUUGGCCCACGUGCGUACCCAACAAGCCAUCCUGCGCUACCGUCCGCUGCCCGGCUGGGACCACCUGCCAGAUGGUGGAGGACUGGCCCAAAUGCGUGCCCAACAAGCCGUCUUGCACCGAGGUGCAUUGCCCAGCGGGGACAACCUGCCAGAUGGUGGACAAUUGGCCUACGUGUGUGCCCAACAAGCCAUCGUGCAACGAUAUGCAUUGUCCAGCUGGAACAACGUGCCAAAUGGUGGAGGACUGGCCCAAAUGCAUGCCCAAGAAGCCAUCCUGCAACGAUGUGCAUUGCCCAUCCGGAACGACGUGCCAGAUGGUGGAAACCUCCCCCAGAUGCAUCCCCAACAAGCCGUCGUGCAAAGACCUGCAUUGCCUGAAGGGGACAACGUGCAAGAUGAUGGAGGGCUGGCCCAAAUGCGUAGCUGACAAGCCAUCUUGCAACGACCUGCAUUGCCCAUCCAGAAUGACGUGCAAGAUGGUGGAAAGCUCUCCCAGAUGCGUUCCCAUCAACCCAUCGUGCAACGACCUGCAUUGUCCAUCCGGAACGACGUGCAAGAUGGUGGAAAGCUCCCCCAGCUGCGUUCCCAUCAACCCAUCUUGCACCGAUGUCCAUUGCCCGAAGGGGACAAGGUGCAAGAUGGUAGAAACCUCCCCCAGAUGCCUCCCCAUCUCGCAGCCCCCGCUUGUCUGCCACGUCCUGGGGCGUUGGCGCUACCGGGCCUUCAAUGGGAAGAACUACGGCCUGGCAGGAGCUUGCACCCAGACGUUGGUGGCCACCUGCGGCGCCCAGUUGCCCGCCCCCGCCCGCCAGAUCACGGCGGGUGGCCGGGUGGGCAGGGGCCCAGCCGCCACCUUCAGCCACCUCACGCUCCGCGGUGAUGGCUACGAGGUGGUCCUGCUCCGAGGAGAGGAGACGAUGGCGAGG